UUUCACGCGCGGGCCGGAUGUUCAGCUGGGCGGCGGCGGCGGCAACAACAACAGCUCUUCUCCAGGCAAGCGCUGCCCAACUUGCGCACCGGAGCACUUUGCGCGUGGGCUCCGCGCAGCAUCCCCCGCCGCACCCGACAUCUAGGCAGUCCGCGCGGUCUUGCCCCCGCCCACCUUCUUCCUAUUAAUUCCCAUUCUGAUCUUGAAUCCCACCGGAUCCGCUCCGGUCUCAGUCCCGGAUCGAGCGCCUUUUCGGCCGAGAGUAGCUGGUGCUCGGCGCUGCGCAGGUCCGUCGGCGUCGCCCUUUCGACUUGAACCUCGCGGGUGGCAAGAUCAUGCGGGCGCGCCCCUGCUGGACGUUGCGCGCGGGGCUGCUGCUGUUCCUAGCAGCGCCGGAGGCGGAGGGCGGCUGCGCGGCGCUUGGGCGCUGCUGCGCGGGCCGGAGCAUGGCGUGCGUGAGCACCGGCUGGAGGGCGGACGGGUCCCACGGGCCCUGCUACUGCGACCAGGCGUGCCCUUACACCCUGGACUGCUGCCAGGACUACCGGCAGGUGUGCCCAGUGGUCUCCUGCGUGGUCUCUGAGUGGAGCGAAUGGAGCAGCUGUGCAGAGACUUGCAAGGCAGCGUACCGUGUGAGGAGGAGGCACAUCAUCCGGGAACCAAGAAAUGGCGGAGAAGCCUGCCCUCCUCUCGAGGACAAGGCUGGCUGUUUUGAGUAUUGGACUCUGCAAGGAACAGAGUGCAAGCAGCCCUUCAUCCCAGCAUUAAUAACCACUGGAGGCUAUGGGAAAGCAAGGAGAAAGCGAGCUGUGUCCAUUGAGAAUGAAAGAGCCGGGUACUGUGUCGAAUUUCAGCUCAUGGCCAUCACAGAAGGGUGUCUGUGUGGGAACAGCUCUUACACUCAUUGGAUGAAAUAUCUCAGCGAAGGACAUCUGGUGUGUGUUGAGUGCCAGCACCCAGCUUUGGAUUCCAGGAACCUGCACUGCUCAGGGGAUGGCAGCGGAGCCAAAAAGAACCAGCUACUGCACUGGCAGGCCGUAGGAAACCCAAGAUGCAGAGGGACCUGGAGGCGAGUUCGCCAGCUGCACACUUGCUCCUGCCCUUCUGUCCACAGCUUCUUGUUCAUCUGACUUUCACGUAGUUGUCCCUCUGCCUUGAGCCUGCAUCUCCUCCUUGGUUCUCCUUAAUAGAAGUUCAGCUGUGAACAGCCACAGUUGGGAGGCCAACAGAUAUAUUCUAAGAUCAGCGUACCUGCUGCUUUAAGGAACUGUCACUUGGCGACACAGGACAUUCUUCUUGAGACUCAAGCUGAAGUUAUUGGUAUGUUAAAGAAGCAGGAAAUCUGUGCAGGAGAGACCUGGGAGAGGAAGGUUUGAGGCUGGCAGGCUAACAGGACCAUGCUGACAAGUGAGCAGUAGAGAUCAAAACCUAGGGAGAACCCUUGGAUUGGACCAUAGCCCCAUCUUGUCCAGCAUCCUGUUCUCACUGUGGCCAACCAGAUACCUGUGAGAUGAGUGAGCUCAUCCCAAACUCGGGUUCAUCCUGAAAUGUGCUGAGUCAUCAUUUUUUUUUAUUUGGAGGUAAUGUCAUGUCACUUGGUCAGCUCCACCUCCCACAGACCCCUAAACCUCCACCCCCUUCUACACAGUCUGGGGUUGAUGCAGUGAGGCUCCAGAACAAAUGAGGCACUAUAAGAGGAAAUCUGAUCCUCUCCACCUUUCUUAGAAUCAUAGAGUUGGAGGAGACCACAAGGGCCAUCCAGUCCAACUCCCUGCCAAGCAGGAAACACCAUCAAAGCAUUCUUGACAAAUGCCUGUCAAGCCUCUGCUUAAAGACCUCCAAAGAAGGAGACUCCACCACACUCCUUGGUAGCAAAUUUCACUGCCGAACAGCUCUUACUGUCAGGAAGUUCUUCCUAAUGUUUAGGUGGAAUCUUCUUUCUUGAAGUUUGAAUCCAUUGCUCCGUGUCUGCUUCUCUGGAGCAGCAGAAAACAAUCUUUCUCCCUCCUCCAUAUGACAUCCUUUCUCCCUCCUCCAUAUGACAUCUUCUUCCCCUGUUCUCCAGCAUCACCGUAAGCAUCCUUUUAUUGGUAUGCUGCCUUUCCGUAGUUAAAACUAUGCUCAACCCAAGCCCAUUAUGAUCACAGGGAGUAGAAAAACCCCACUGGCCUCUGGGAAAUGUAUUGGCAGGCGAUAAACUGGGGAUUCUGCUGUGUGGAUUACAUCCAAGCCAGAGGAGAACUUGGAGGCUUGUAAUGUCCACCACUCCUUUGACUCAGGUUUUUACAAGCCCCUGAAACUCAGGCCUGAAAGUGGAGCACCCUGGUCAAGGUCGGGUAGAUUCUGCAUGUGUAGGAGGAAAGGGUUGAAUGUGUGAUACUGAGCACAGAACUCUGCUUCCUAUGAAUGCUGGAGAUUCCCAGGAACAUAGGAAACUGCCCAUUUGCCUAUCUAGCUCACUAUUGUCUGCACUGACCGGCAGCCCAACCUGGAGAUGCUGGAAAUUGAACUAAUCCAAAAUGUGGCAGCUAGACUGGUGAUUGGGUGUAGCCGCUUAGACCAUAUAACCCAUUUAACCAGGCCUUUGGUUGAUUUGAUUGACAUCCUGUGCCAUUUUAAAAUGUGCCCCCCCCGGGUGUGUGUGUGUGUUAUUGGAUUGUUUUUAUUUUGCUUGUGUAUUUUGUGGUUUCGUAUUUUGAUUUUAUUCUGUGAACCGCUCUGAGACCUCCGGGUUUAGGGCGGUAUAUAAAUUCAAUAAAUAAUAAUAAUAAAUAUAUAACACCAGUCCUAAAGGAUCUUCACUGGCUCCCAGUAUGUUUCCAAGACCUUAAAGCCCUCAACAGCCUCGGCCCAGUAUACCUGAAGGAGUGUCUCCACCUCCAUCAUUCAACCCAGACACGGAGGUCCAGCUUUGACGGCCUUCUGCGAGAAGUGAGGUUACAGGGAACCAGGCAAGAGGGCCUCCUAGGCAGUGGCGCCCUCCCUGUGGAAUGCCCUCCCAUCAGAUGUCAGGGAGAUAAAGAAUUACACAACUUUUCGAAAACAUCUGAAGGCAGUCCUGUUCAGGGAAGUUUUUAAUGUCUUAUAUUUUGUUAUUUAUUUGCUGGGAGCUGCCCUAAGUGGCUGAGGAAACCCAGCCAGAUGGGUGGGGGUACAAACAAUAAAAUUACUACUACUCCUACUCCUACUAAACAGGCCUUCUGCAUGCAAAGCAGAUGUUGUACCUUUCACCCACAAUUUUAUACUUUAAAUGCAAGUUUCUAGCCCCUAUGGCUGCUGCCAACAUAUGCUUGGAAUAUCUGGUGAAAUCUUGCAAGGUUAGAGCAGGUGGUUGAGUAAGAUUUCCAUGGGAGCAGGGCAUCAGUUCAUAGAAUCAUAGAGUUGGAAGAGACCACAAGGGCCAUCCAGUCCAAUCCCCUGCCAAGCAGGAAACACCAUCAAAGCAUUCCUGACAGGUGGCUGUCAAGCCUCCGCUUAAAGACCUCCAAAGGAGACUCCACCACACUCCUUGGCAGCAAAUUCCACUGCCGAACAGCUCUUACUGUCAGGAAGUUCUUUCU